UUUAUACAUUAUGAUAAUAUUUGUUAUAACUCAAUGUUAUAUAUUAGCCUGAGUUAAGCAAUCAGUCCAAAGUUUCAUUUUAAUACGAAACAUGCUAAUUAGUAUAAGUCUUGAUGGAUUUUAAAGUUCGACAACAAUGAAAAUGUUUACAGACGGAAGAAAAUAUGCUUAAUAUUGUUUAUCUUACAGAAUAAUUAUACAAACACGAGUCUUAUUCUCAAUAAUCUAGUUUGUUUACUCUGUGAGGAAUUUAUAAAAGAUGAGAUGAAUGUUUUCUUAAUAUCAAACUUACAUUGAAUUGAGUUCUAGAAAUUCCUCUUCGUGGCAUGAAAGAAGAUUAAGUGCAAGAAUAUUCAUCAAAUUCGAACACACCCAAAUAACCGGAAAAUAAUAUUUUUACCGGUUGUCAUAGAGACCAAAAUGAGUGUUUACCUUGGUUUAGGACGACGUCGUAAGACAUACUACGUCAGUGUACAGGAAGUGGUUGACGUUGUUAACAAUUUGCCACCCGAGAUACGCAGGAAGCCACUCCCACAAAAUGUCUGCUACAUCUGUAGUCAUUUAGAUCUCGAUGGGAAAUAUCAACAUCCUCAUGCUUAUCUUUUUCGGAAAGGAUUCUUCCAUAAAUGUAAUCACCAAACAAAAACCCCGUAUCCGACCUUAAUCGAAAGUAGAGAUGGCGACCAUCCGGAAGAUGUCUUUAAUUUUAAUAAACAAUUAUCGGAUGAAGAAUUAAAGUUGAGCGUCAGCGUCCGAGUUAAGUCCCGAAGAGAAGGGAAACAGUAUUCACCAGUCCCAAUUUACGGACAAACUCAUUUCGAUACUUCCGUUUUAAACGGUGUGCAAUUGGAAAGUCACGUUGGGGAAUCAGCAAAAUUUCAGUUGCCUUCAAUAUUUGCCGAUGAAGGUAAAACUUCUGGUCCGGUAACUUCCGGUCAAGCUAGUCUACGCAGCAGUCGGAAUAGCAGAAUAUCCGACCAAAAAAGCCAUUACAGCAGUCGACAAUCGAAUCCAAACGAAAAUUGGCGAAAUAACAGUCGAAAUGCGGGUUCGUCUCAAAACUGGAAAAAUAACGGUAAAAAUAGUGGUAAAAAUAGCGGUACAUAUAGCGGUAAAAAUAGCUCAAAACGAUCUAACGAAGCGUACAAGAUAAACCCAACUAUCAGCGAUCGUUCAUGGUUGGAAGCUGAUGGGUACUUGCGCAAUGAACCGGAAGAAGAAACCGAUGAUAGUGAAAAUGACGAGGAAGACAAAGAAAAUAUUGAUUCGGAAAUUAGACCAAAAAGUUUUAGUGGUCAUGAAGAGGAAAAAACACAAGAAUCUCAUAGGCCGUAUUCAGAAAGCGUUAUAUCUCCAGCGUCUUCUCGUCUUUCUAGACCAAAAGGUGCGAAAAGAUCUUCCGAUUCCGGAAAUGAAGACGAGGGACACCUUAAAUACCACCAUCGGUCCGAUAAUGAAUCCUUGCCCCAUGAUGGCUUUUCUAUUGCAUCACGGGAAAAUUCAGUGCAAACACCAGCUCGUUCGCGUAUUAAUUCUAAAUUAUCGGACCAAGAGUUGGCACUUAUAGGAUCGCAAAUUUCCCGAAAGAAUUCCGAAGAUUCUCGAGCCUUAUCCCAGUCGUCUUCGUCAUUUAUCCUCCAGAAAUUGGCAGCAAGCAGCAUGGCCAAUUACUGGUGCAGCUGUCAGGAUAUUGACUAUACUACAGUCAAAUGUGAAGAAUGUCUGAAAAUUGGAGAUCAUGAAAAAUGGUGUGUACACGCUAAGUCUUCUUCUCAUCAGGGUAACUGUCCACAUUGUGGAAAGCCGAUAAUGAAAACCAGCAAACGGACAUCUAACAUGAGCUUCCGGGGUGGUACAAACUCUAAGCAGUCACAUCACAGCGAAGAAAAAAGGGUCAAAUUUGAGGAUGACGACCGUUCGCGAGAAAUUCUAGUUAACCACUCAAAAAUGUUUGACGGAAAAAUAGACGAUGGUGAACAUGACGAAGUUCGCAAGGUUCAGGACCCCGAAAUUUGGACAUCAACAGAAAACAUUUACGAAAACGGUAUAGAUCCGAACAUACACAAACAAGCUUACUUGAAAGCUCUAGUAGAACUCCGAAUGUCACGUCUAAGUAAAAUUAACGAAUUAGACGAAUCGUGGAUCUUAGAUCGCAUAUCAAAACCAACUUUUUCUUAUUUCAAAUUACGCCCCGGACAGGAAAAGGCAAAUUCUACAAAUCCCGAGGGACAGAAAAACAUUGGCCUUACACCAGAUCAUUCGCAUUUACCGACGAUGAAAAACUCAAUGAAACAUAUUUUUGGAAAGAAUAUAAAAGUGGAUGAAUUUUAUCCCGGUGGUAAAAAGAAUCCUCUUAUAAAAUUUACUAUGAAACGAGAGAAAAAGCAACAAACUAUGCCUAUACAUAGUGUUGAUAAAUCUGUGUAAACAUUAGCAAAAUAGGUGUGAACAUCAGCAAAUCUUGUGUUAAAACAUAAACAAAAUGUGUGUAUGUAUCAACAAAAUGUGUGUAUAUGUCAGCAACAACUGUGUAGAUAUCAGCAAAAACUGUGUAGAUAUCAGCAAAAACUGUGUAGAUAUCAGCAAAAUCUGUGUAGAUAUCAGCAAAAUCUGUGAAAACAUCAGCAAAGAUAUCAGCAAAAUAAAGUUGCCACUGAGAUAGAUAUAUACAUAUA